GGGAAAUCAUGGUUGGGAAAAGGAGAAGGGAGAGGGGAGGGAGUGAGAGACAUUCUCUAAUGAUCAAUAAACCAAUUGUUAGGAAUCAAGCAACCUUGCCUGGUAUUUCAGGACAAGGUGUGUCUGCACCUGUGCAAACCCUCCCCAUCCCUGGUACUCCUUCUCUGCCACCUGUCACACACCCCUACCGCAGGGCUCCACCCUUACCAUUCCCAAAAUCCUUUGCUCCUGCCAGAUUUACAAAUGUGCUCUCUGCUUCAUGUUGAUAAAUACAGUGCUGCGACAGACGUAGAGUGAAAGUAUCAGGACGUUGGAUUCAUUGGCACCACAGUAGCCAUCGACAGGAUUCAUUACAUUCAGCACUGACAGUUGUACUCAAGGUAUGUUCUCCUGCUGGGUGAUCCUCGAAGCUUCUUCGCUGAUAGCGCAGUAGAAUGGGGGGAGUCAGUUGGAAGUUUUCCCUGCAGUGAACUGGGGAAGAUCAGGCACAACUCCUGUGGCCAAAAGGCUUCAUCGUCCUCUCAAAUCCUGCCUGUGCUGUUGCAUCCAGAAGCUCUGGGAGCUGGGCAGCGUGCGGUCUAUUUCAGCAAGUUGUGGUGGUACCUACACUCCGCAGAGGGUGUAACAGCUUGAUCGCUGGCGCGACCUUGGCAGUGUGAUGAAAAGAACAGGAUCUCCUCUUAACGUUUUGAAGAGCUAAUUAGUAAUCCGGCACCAAAAGACCAGGCGAUGAAUAAUGCUGCCACAAUGAAUGACAUGUCUACAGUAGAUGAUGAACUGUUGGCUUCUACAUCCAUGUACCUCAGUGGGGACUCCACUUACUCGGUUCCAAUGGGGGCGGAACAAAAAACCGUAUUUGCAUUUGUAAUUUUCUUAUUGGUUUUCCUGAUAAUCCUGGUGGUCCGAUGUUUUCGGAUAUUAUUGGACCCCUAUAGCAGGAUGCCUGCUUCGUCGUGGUCUGAUGGUAAAGAUGGGCUGGAGAGGGGACAGUUUGACUAUGCCCUGGUGUGAAGUCAAAUGCCACAAACUUCGCUCUGCUCUGCCGCUGAUCUUCUUUUGUGUUUUAUUUUAACGAAUAAAUUCCCUCCUUGUAAUUUUAAGGGGUACCCUUCUAGGACGUACAAUCUCUGAGCUUGCUAACGGUGUCCAAAAACACUGUAGAUGUGCUGCCUGCUAUUCAGUGAGUUACAUUGUUAUAUCAGCUUGUGACUUAACGGCGGAGUCACUGUCUCCCAGUUCCUAGUUGUGGAGCUGCCAGGGCUGCCUGGCAGGCCGACUCCCGUGACCCCUUAAUUAGCUGUAGUCCAAAAUCUUGUCAUUGUUUCCAUUGCUCACGUCAGUCUCGAUCGACUCUCCUGAUCACAGGGGAGAAUUGCGUGGACAAGGAGCAGGGCACACAGCGCGUGGCAACUGAAAAGCCGGAAUGGUGUUUCUGAUUGUCAAAGGAACGGAGAGACAGAGAGGUACACUGGAAAAUGAGAGCGUGAAGGGGAGAGAGAGGGAGUCACACAGCAGCUUCAUGUCAGGACCCAGCUCCAAGAUCUGGACAAUUAUGGCAAGUUCCUUAAACACAUGGGUGGUCUAAAAGGUUUACAAGAGCACCACUGGAUUUCACAGUUAAUGCAAUUAGUGUUACUUGAACAGGCUGCUGCUUUUCCACCUUUUAAAAGCUCUUUUCAUUUCUCAGUUGUGGCACAUAUUGGUUCCUCUAUGUGCUACAAAACAUGAACAGACUAUCCUAGAAUUUCCAGGCCGAGGGAUUGAAUUUCUAUGGUUACCCAAUCUUCCUGAGAAAAUCUUGGUUGUUAAUUGGGGACAUUUCCAGUUAAACAGGCAAAAAACCUAGGAUUAAUAUAUGUACAUACAACUAAUCUUACUUAAUUAUACCCUUAUGAUUCUCAGUACUGACUUGAAGUAUAUUGUCCUUGUGUGAGCUGGGAUGAAUCACAAAGGCUUGUAUAGGUCACCCGUUAUA